GUAUUUUUUUUUUUCCUCAAAGACAGGAAGAAUGUAUAGUAUUUCCAUGGUCAGGAUCACCAGGCCUUGGUAUUAGAGGAUGUUUGUUGCUUGCCAGAAGUAUUGAUGUCUUUUCUGCCGUUCAUACCUGUUAGAUUCCCCAGCUGGUACAAGUGCCUUUGAUGUCAGUAGACCUACGUAAGCAAAGAUCAGUUGAGCAUUCUUUCACGAUGUCUACUGUCCAUGAAAUUUUAAGCAAGCUCAGCCUUGAAGGAGAUCAUUCUCUCCCUCCAAGUGCAUAUGCCACAGUUAAAGCAUACUCAAACUUUGAUGCUGACCGGGAUGCUGCAGCCCUGGAAGCAGCCAUCAAGACCAAAGGUGUGGAUGAGGUCACCAUCAUCAACAUCCUGACAAACCGCAGCAAUGAACAGAGGCAGGAUAUUGCUUUUGCCUAUCAGAGGAGAACAAAAAAGGAACUUUCAGCAGCACUCAAGUCUGCUCUGUCAGGUCACUUAGAGGCAGUGAUCUUGGGCUUGCUGAAGACACCAUCACAGUACGAUGCAUCUGAACUGAAAGCUGCCAUGAAGGGUCUGGGAACUGAUGAAGACACUCUCAUUGAAAUCAUCUGCUCACGGACAAAUCAGGAGCUUAGUGAAAUUAAUAGAGUCUACAGAGAAAUGUACAAGACAGAACUGGAAAAGGACAUUAUAUCAGACACAUCUGGUGACUUCCGCAAGCUGAUGGUUGCCCUGGCCAAGGGCAAAAGAUGUGAAGAUACUUCUGUGAUCGACUAUGAACUGAUUGACCAAGAUGCUAGGGAACUCUAUGAUGCUGGUGUGAAGAGGAAGGGAACUGAUGUGCCCAAAUGGAUCAACAUUAUGACUGAAAGGAGUGUUCCACACCUGCAAAAAGUGUUUGAGAGGUACAAGAGCUACAGUCCAUAUGAUAUGUUGGAGAGCAUCAAGAAGGAGGUUAAGGGAGAUCUGGAGAAUGCCUUCCUUAAUCUUGUCCAAUGCAUUCAGAACAAGCAGCUGUAUUUUGCGGACAGGCUGUAUGAUUCCAUGAAGGGCAAGGGAACCCGUGACAAGGUCCUGAUCAGGAUUAUGGUCUCACGCUGUGAGGUUGACAUGCUGAAAAUUAAGAGUGAAUUCAAGAGGAAAUAUGGAAAAUCCCUCUAUUAUUUCAUCCAGCAAGACACAAAAGGUGAUUACCAGAGGGCACUGCUGAACCUGUGUGGUGGAGAGGACUGAAAACUGUGAUGGAAGGAAUCCAAAUCAAGACAUGCUUUUUCUGCUCUUCCUAUUACUGUAACCCUAGGAAAAAAUGACUUGCCUGGCUAACCUUGACUUGCCUUUCUAUCUGCAAGACCACUGUUAUAGUAUGCUUUCCAAGUGCUGUUUGCACUUCUCUCAGCAGCAGUGCUCUGCUUGGUUCUGCCAAAGUCCUUAACAGCAUAAAGCCACACAAACUAACGUUCCAGAGAUAAGAGGUUGAAAGUGCUUCUGAAAGACUGCCUCUUUGUGCAAUGUUUCUAAUAAAACUUAAAUAAAACUGAAGUUUUACUUUAA